UCCACAGCAGCUUCCUUGAUCCCUGCCACACACGACUGAACACCGACAGCAGCUGCCACGCCAUGAAGCUGUUGAUGGUCCUCAUGCUGGUGGCCCUCCCGCUGCUCUGCUAUGCAAGUUCUGGUUCUGGCUGCCAACUGCUGGAUGAUGUGGUUGCAAAGACCAUCAAUCCUGAAGUGUCUUUAUCAGAAUAUAAGCAAUAUUUGCAAGAGUUCGCAGACAGUGAUGCUGAUCAACAGGCUGUAGGUGAACUCAAACAGUGUUUCCUCAACCAGUCCAAUGAAACUCUGCAGAAUUUUGAUUUAAUGAUGCAAACAAUAUACGACAGCUUUUGGUGUAAGCACUCCUAACUUUAUACAAGACCUUUGGCUCAGACAUGACAAGAGAGAAGAUGGCCAGAAAACUGUGGCCUACCGCUAGAAACUGCCAUUUUUCUUAUUUUCUUUUUCCUUUGAACCUUUUUUGUGAAAACUGCAAGGAAACUGUUGAAACCUCAAAUUCAUUCUCAUUUCAAUAAACUAACUGCAAAUCA